CUUUGGGAAAAAGUUAGCACUGGGCUCCGUUUCUGCAUUGCUGUCUUCCACUGCAAGAUGAACACCAUUUUGCCUUGCCAAGACCAGUAUUUUUCAGGAGGCCAAAACUAUAAUUGUCCGUAUCCCACUGCAACGUCAAAAUCUAGUGUUGACGUUUCCACGGAGACUUGGGUCUCUUUCUGGACUGCUGGUCUCCUGGACAACAGUGAGCCCCAACAAGCACCACAGGCACGGGAAUCGGCCCGUGACCUGAGUUUCCCGGCUCUGGAUUCCUGCUCAUGGGAAGAAACGCAACUUUCCUCGCAGCUGUACCGCAACAAGCAGCUCCAAGAUACUCUGAUACAGAAGGAAGAAGAACUCGCUAGGCUACACGAAGAGAAUAAUCACCUCAGACAAUAUCUGAAUUCUACUUUGGUUAAAUGUCUUGAAGAAAAGGCCAAGAAACUGCUUUCCUCCGAAGAGUUCUCCAAAGUAUGUGGAAAAUUCAGAAAGGGGAAGAGGAAACCUAAAGAGCAAAGAUAUUCUCCUGCUGAGACUCCCCAUCCCAAAAAUGCCAAGAGGAACCUCUCUAGCGAGUUUGCCAACUGUACAGAGCAACCUGGGCCUCCUGUGGAUGCCUGGGUCCUCCAGACACUUGGGUUGAAAGACUUUAACACCAUUGAUGAUGCCAGAUCAGCUAACUGCAGUGCCCUCUCCACUCAUCCUCAAGGAGCCACCAGUACAUAUUCCCACUUUCUGGGUGAAGCAGUUGAUUAUGAAAAUGUCCCCAGAGACAAUCUGCCCAAUGACUAUGAAGGUGCAAGAACAGCCCUGCUGCAUAGCACUGCCAGCCAAGGGGAAGAUCUUCACUACUUUUCUCAACUUUCACAUGCCCCAGGGAGGGUCCAAAUGCUUCCUUAUCACAAUGUGGAUGUGGCACCCAACAAGACAGAGAUGGCCUUUUCCACAUCCCUGAGCCCUCACUGCAAUGUGAAAACUCAUUCCUUUCACCAGGGACAAGCGUUUGUGCGCAGAGAUGAAGAGGGAGGCUGGAAGUUUACCUGGGUCCCUAAGCAAUCUUAGUGACCCCAGCUGGUCACAGAGCACUGCCACAAACUCGGUUUACAAAGACCUCUCUUGCACUUGAAUCUGUCUGUGUGGAACACUGAAGAGAUCAUCCAGAUUCUCUCCUGCCAUUUGGAAACUUACUCACAGUUAUCUACUUAAAUAUGCCAGGAAUGGCUUUCAAGAAUUUAUAAGGAGAGGUAUCUGCUCUUCUUUCACCUAAAUUUGAUUUGUUUACACACCAAUAACUACAGUGGACUUCUUCUCUUGGCCUUAUACUUGAAACAAUAGUUUCCAAUCAUUGGUAGAUUUCAAAUUUUAGUUUUACUUUUCCAGUUACAACCAGCUUAACAGCUUUUCUUCAUUCAUCAAGCAAUUUAAUAUUCAUAGUCCUUUUAUUUUCCUUCCUUUUCUGUUCCUCUAUCUUGCUGAAUAUUGCCUGGUUUGGUUCAAGUUCUUGCUACUGAGUGCUCAAAUAGCUGGGGUAGGGUAGACGUAAGUGUCUGCUCAUCAACACUACAGAAGACGUAAUGUGGACAUGAAUGCCCCUAUGUCCAGGGCAGUUCACACAGGUGAAUGUCCCAUGACGGCAUGGGCAAAAUAUCUCUUAAAACAACCGUAACUUCACUAAAGAGAAAUGUCAUUGAUAAAUUACGAAAGUUACUUUAGAAAUGCCCCAUUGUAUAUCAGCUUCUACUGGCAUCUGACAUUUUUUUUAUUUAAUCAAAAUGGCUCAAAUAGGAACAUUUUUGAGAAACAGUCACCAUCUUAAUCUACAUAGAUACUGUCUGACAAACUGUUAUUCCUGGAAGCAUAGUCUAGUGUAGCUCUGCAUUAUCUUAUUCAUUUGAUCAUCUAUGCCUCCAUUCAUCAUCUUUCCGGACAUAUCUAUAGAACACCUCAUAUUUAUACUCUGUGCCAGGUACUGUGAUAUGGGAAGGGGAUAACCUAUGAGCGAUUUAGACUCUGCCCACACUCAUGAAAUUUGAGCUGUUUCUGUGCUCUUCACCUUAAGAAAGCUACUUCCCUUGUGUGAAAGUUCAGUUUUCCUAGAUGAAUGCGGCAUGCGGAUGAGAUGAUUGGUUGGUCACAUUCUAUGACUGUAGACUGGAUCGUAUCAGCUUCACUCCAGUGUAGGAACUCUAGGCUGCUCUCCCCCUUUGUUUUGCUAAGAGCUACAGCUACUAUGUAGGGUGAACUUUACAUACAAUAUUUUAAAAAUGAGCCAUUUGUAGUUAACAUUAGAAAUCAUCUCUUACUACGGCAUUCUUUUUGCUACUAGGAGCCCAUUUUCUAGGUGAGUUCAGUCUGAGAGUAACUUGCAUCUGAAAUAGAUAUAUAUUAAUUUUCAAGUGAGUAUGCAUAGAUUGAAAGCAACUAUUGCUAUCAAAGGCUCUUCCUUUUCCAAAUUUAACAAAAGUGUAUUCUUAAUGUUCUUGCUAGUCUUUCUUUCCCCUCCCUCAAGCUCCCUACGGUUCCCAACAGAAAUUACACAUCAAAGGUGUGCUCCUAUGUUUCUCAGACCAACUUCAGUUAAGGAUGAAGCCAAGCAUGCUGAACUCCACUCCCAUGUUUAUCUUUCCCAUUUCCUCUCACCGCACCUCACACGGUUGAUAUUUCAUAUGUGUGUUGCUUGGAAUUCUAAGAAAGACAUUCCUUUUUGUUGUUGUUGUUUUUGCUGUUGGUAGUUUCUUUACUUGGUCAUGCAAACAAAGCAUGUAUUUAAAAAGAUUGUUUUACUAGUCAGUUCUCUUUAUAAUUCGUGAAGGAAAAUUAAAAAUAGUAGUUAAUAUUAUUCUCUGGAGUAUUUUCAUGGCUUGGGAACAGUUAAAACCACAUUCUAUUUUCUCAACAAAAAUCAAAAGAGUGCCUUUUACAGUCUAGUAUCUGUGGCCCUGGUAGGUGAAACUUUUCUCUUUUUAGAAAAGCAAAUUGAAGAAUUAGAAUUAGUUGUAGUGUACUACACUAGGAAUUGAGUAAACAACAUAACAAUUUUGAAAGGAUAAAAAUGAAGCUGUAAAACAAAAUCGAUUAACAUGUUUAUUUUGCAUUUUUAUAUGCCACAUUAUGUGUUAAGCAUCAUGAGGAUGUAUCCAGGUUUAGCUCAGUGCAUUUAGUACAUGAAACAAAGCCACAUAAAAUAUCACAGCUUUUGAGAGCUUUUAUUUUUUAUUUUUUAUUUUUUUUGGUACUGGGGAUCGAACUCGGGUCCUUAGCUUGCGAGGCAGGCGGUAGAACCACUGAGCUAAAUCCCCGGCCCUGAGAGCUUUUAAAUAAAACUUGGUCUCAGACUGCUUUAAAGAAAUAGAACAUUCAUGAAGCAAUUGUGACAAUUUGUUCUGGCUUGUGUCAUAAAGCACAGCAUGGAAUAAAAUUAGUACACAUUCUUGCAAUCAUAUCUACAAACAUUUAGUAUUUGUUUGAAUCAUGUAUAGAAUAUUAUUUUGUUGCUAUUCCAGAAAUUAGAACUUUCUUCCAUCUGAGUAUACCUUCUACCAUUUAUGAUUUUUUUCAUUCUUCUCCAGUAAUAUUUUAUUACACUAAAGUGGGAAAUAAAAACUAAAUGCUUUUUUGACUAUGAUAAAUAUUUUUAUAUUGUGCAUAACAUUUUCUAAUAAUACAUUUUCUCCUCUCUGGCAUAACCAUAAUCUUAUUUAUUUGUACUUUCUGUAUGUUAUAUAUGGAGGCAAUAAUAACAUCUUCAGCAUUGAAGGCUUAAAGCUUCUUUCCCUUUCUGAGACACAUUAAUGAGUCUUUCAGACUUUACAUUGCCUUAAGGGUCAGGUGCCUUAAGAGUAAACCAUUCUCUUUGCCAACCUCAUUUAAAGAUUAGAAGACAGUAUCAAGUUUUGAAAUUUCAUUUCCCAUGUGCUCUAACCACUUGAAAACAAAUUACUCUUGUACCUCACCAAUAUCUCAAAAACAGGGACAAUUGGAAAGCCUCAGCUAUCCACAUGCCACUGAGUGAGUGGGAUUAUUUAAUACUGCAGGAUACUAAACUAGGAUUUUGAAACAUUUGAAAAAAAAAGAAACUACAUAUAUCAAAAGAAAGGAUUGCUAAACUUAAUCCAAUUCAAGAAAAUAGAAAAAUAUUUCAGGCUUGACAAAUUGAUUCAACAACAUUUAUCUAUAUAUCACAGGCACAUCAGAAAGCAUAGAGUUAGUAAACCCAGUGAGAAAUUUUUAUAUAUGUUACUUCCUGCCUGUGAAGUUAGACUAUACAAAUAUGUAUUUGUUUCAGCUUACCAAAAGAUUAAAUAGUCAAUUCCUUUUUCUUAUUUGCUUUUGUAAAUUAAACCAAAUAGAUUUGGCCUGCAAGCUAUAAAUGUAUGAUAUAAUUAUAUUCCUUAAUGCAGUUUUCAUAUUUUAUCUGCAUUUUGUUACAUGAAC